AUGUCGCCAGCAUUCCGUCUUCAAAUCUUAGUUCUCUCAAUAUGUCUUCUGACGGAGUUCUCGUCCCAAGGUUCAUCAAGUGAAAUCCAACGCCUUGGCAAAGGUCAUUCUCUAUAUCGCUUUGACACCUGGGCUAAACGUAAUGCUCUUGACUUAUCUUCCUGGAGGCAACUUGGAAGUAUAGAAAACUACGAUAUUGUUGCAAUUCCACGAAUAGAAGCUGAAGAAGUUGAGUCUGUUGCCAAGAGGGGGGCUUAUCUUGACCUCCCUUGGGGUUAA